UCAAGUUUGUUUUAAUAGAAAUCAAACCACUAUUAUUAUUGCCCACACUUUCUCUUUCCCUUUCUGUUUCUCUUAGCAGAGAUCAACCAACUAGAUUCCAAAACACCAGUAAAAAGGUAAGAAAAACCCACGUCCACACCAAUGCUCCCACAAACAAUAAUGAAUGAUUCUUACUUGCCCACACCUACCAAAUUCUAUAAAGCAAUUAGAGAAAUGAAGCAUCAUUCACUGGCCAUAAAUUCUCUAUUCUCUACUUAAUUUGGUUUCAUUGUUGCAUUCUCUAUUCUCUAUCUACUACUUUUUAUCACCUACAAGCAGAGAAAUGGAAGCAUCAUUGGCCAUAUAUUAUGGCAUAAUUCUCAUCACUGUAACACUUGGUUUAGUAUACACAUGGAGAGUACUGAAUUGGAUUUGGUUGAAGCCAAAGAGGCUAGAGAAGCUCUUACGAGAACAAGGAUGUAAUGGAAAUUCUUAUAGACUUGUGCUUGGGGACUUGAAGGAUUCAUAUAAGAUGGGAAAGAAAGCCAAAUCCAAACCCAUGGAACUGUCGGAUGAUAUAAUCCCUCGUGUCAUUCCCUACAUUCAACAACUUGUUCAAAUUUACGGGAAGAAUCCUUUCAUUUGGUCUGGAACAACACCAAGGCUGAUUCUCACAGAACCAGAGCUAAUAAAAGAUGUCUUAAACAGAACUUCUGAAUUACAAAAGCCAAAAUAUGAGAUUUUCAAAUUUCUAUUUAGUGGUCUUAUAAUUCACGAGGGAGAAAAGUGGAGAAAGCAUAGAAGGUUAAUGAACGCUGCUUUCCAGUUAGAAAAAUUGAAGAUCAUGGCACCAAGUUUCCUCACAAGUUGCAUUGAUAUGAUUAGCAAAUGGGAGUCAACGUUGUCAUCAGAUGGAUCAGGUGAAAUAGACAUAUGGCCUUCCCUACAGAAUUUGACAAGUGAUGUUAUUUCUCGAAACGCAUUUGGAAGUAGUUACGAAGAAGGAAAAAGAAUAUUUGAUCUUCAAAGAGAGCAAGGUGAACUUGUUAUGAAAAAUCUAGUGAAAUCUUUAAUCCCUUUAUGGAGGUUUAUACCUACAGCUACUCAAAGGAGGAUGCAUGAAAUUGAAAAAGAUAUAGAUUCUUCUCUUAGAUAUAUAAUUAACAAAAGAGAGAAAGCAAUGAAGGCAGGUGAAGCAACUGAGAAUGACUUGUUAGGUCUUCUUCUAGAGUCAAACCACCAAGAAAUUAGAGAUCAUGGAAACAACAAGAAUAUGGGAAUGAGUCUUGAAGAUGUAGUGGGGGAAUGCAAGUUAUUCUACUUGGCAGGGCAAGAAUCUACUUCAACUAUGCUUGUUUGGACAAUGAUAUUGUUGAGUAGGUACCCUGAUUGGCAAGAACGUGCUAGGGAGGAAGUAUUACAAAUAUUUGGCAACAAAAAACCAGACUAUGAAGGACUAAAUAAACUUAAGAUUCUCCCUAUGAUUUUGUAUGAGGUUCUAAGGUUGUAUCCACCAGCAUUUGGUGUUACUCGAUAUGUUGGCAAAGACAUAAAGUUUGGAAACAUGGAAGUACCUGCUGGAGUGGAAGUUUUCUUACCAAUUAUUUUGCUUCAACAUAACAAUGAACUAUGGGGUGAUGAUGCAAAGAUGUUCAAUCCUGAGAGAUUUGCUGAAGGAAUUUCCAAAGCAACAAAUGGUAGAUUUAUAUAUUUUCCAUUUGGAGGGGGUCCUAGAGUUUGCAUGGGACAAAACUUUUCCCUAUUGGAAGCAAAGAUGGCAGUGUCAAUGAUUUUACAAAAUUUCUAUUUUGAACUUUCUCCAACCUAUGCUCAUACUCCAAAUUUAGUGAUGACUAUUCAGCCAGAAAAGGGUGCUCAUGUUAUUCUACGCAAAGUGAAAGCAUAAAAGCAGCAUCACAGUAAGAUUUUAAGGUACCACUAAGCUCAUACAGCGUUUGGCGACAAGUGUGAAGCACAUCAUGGAUUUGAUAGUUAGAGAUGUCACCAUCUGUCACGAAGUGCAUGACACUUAAUGGAGUUAUCACCAUCUAUAUGUUAUCCAAAUUUAAAUUUAAUUAUUCAUGUUUUAUGCUUUAAAAUUCAAAUUUGAACAAUAAUAUGCGUUGUUAAAGGAAAAUUUGUAACACAUAUCUA